AUGACAUCAUACACGGACAAGGGUAAAAAGCCUGAAAACGGUCGAUUCAUUGCAUUUCAUCACAUCACAUACUGGGUAUCCAAUGCCAAGCAAGCUGCGAGCUACUACAUCACCCGAUUUGGCUUUGAACCCUUGGGAUAUCAGGGCCUUGAGACUGGCUCCAGGAAAAUCACGGCACACGCCGUCAGACUGAACAAGAUUGUGUUCGUUUUCCAAGCCCAAUAUGAGCCAGAAGAAUCGAAACUCGUCAACGAGGUGGCUUAUCAUGGGGACUUCGUAAAGGAUGUGGCGUUUGAGGUGGAGAAUUUGGACUACAUAGUGGAGUACGCGCGGAAACAGGGCGCGGUUGUAGUCAGGGACUUGUGGGAGGAAAGUGACGAACAUGGUAUAGUCAGAAUGGCUAAAUUGAAGACGUACGGAGACAAUACGCACACCCUAAUAGAUAGAUCGAAAUAUAAAGGUCCAUUCCUGCCUGGAUAUCAAACGCUUAAUAAUGACCCCAUACAAAAAUUUUUGCCAAAAAUUGGAAUUAACUUCAUUGAUCACGUUGUCGGUAACCAGCCUGAUAAUGAGAUGGAGCCUGCAGCUUCAUGGUACGAACGGUGUCUUCAAUUCCACAGAUUCUGGUCAGUAGACGACAAGCAAAUAUGUACAGAAUACUCAGCUCUCCGAUCUAUUGUUAUGGCCAACUGGGAGGAGACAGUGAAGAUGCCAAUCAACGAACCAGCUGUUGGGAAGAAGAAGAGUCAGAUCCAGGAGUAUGUCGAGUACCAUGGAGGCGCUGGUGUUCAACAUAUUGCUUUAAAUACCGAGGAUAUAAUCACUGCAAUAGAAAAUCUCCGUGCACGCGGCGUAGAGUUCUUAUCCAUUCCUUCAGUGUACUACAAAAUUAUCAGAGAAAGUUUGCAAAGCAGUAAAGUGAAGGUGGCGGAAAGUAUCGACGCACUGGAACGUCUUAACAUACUCAUAGACUACGACGAUGAUGGCUAUCUGCUCCAAAUCUUCACUAAAAAUACCCAAGAUAGACCCACAUUGUUCUUAGAAGUUAUACAGAGAAGAAACCAUAAUGGAUUCGGCGCCGGCAACUUCAAAACACUAUUCGAAUCUAUUGAGCUAGAACAAGAAAAACGUGGGAAUCUUUAA